AUGAUGGAGCAACAACAGCAGAACAAUUUAAGCGACAGCAGCAAACCAGCUCAGCAAACUCCCGUACCAUUGCCGCGCCCAAGACAGCAUGUGAAGCAGCAAGAACCGGCAGGCGCAUCAUCGCCAGCGACGGCGUACGUCAAUGUAGCCAUAGCCGAGCCAAUCAUUCCACCACCGGUUAGCACCCCCGUACCGGCUCCGAGACAGCGUUCGAAGGUUGUGAUAUUUGACGACGGGGAGCAGCGUUCGAAAACGGUAGGUAAGUCCACCGAAUGUGAUGACGAGCGUUACCAGAACGUAGUUAUCAUACGUCCAGCACCACCAAGCCCAGGUAAACCUGCCAGUGAAGGUGCUAGUAAAAAGCCGGUAAACAAAGAUCCUCCACCGAAUGAGGCUGCUAGCACCGUCCGGACAUUGCCGGAACUACUGCUCACAGAUAAUCUGCGCGAUUUGAAGCUUAAUAAUGAGCUGCGUGAACCGGAAGAGGAAGUCACUACGGCGGGUGGUGGUGGUAGUGGUACUGGGGAGGGCAAAUACAAAACCCUUUCACCGGGAGAUCUGUUCAAAACGAUCGGUACGGCAUCGCGUAUGCUAACCGAAUCGAUCGGUGAGCGGGUUGCGCACAAGACGAAGAAGGUUGCCCACAAUGUGCGCAAUACUGGCACGAGUCUGGUCGCGUGGAGCCAGGAAUCGCGCAAGAGUGCGGCUGGGAUGCUGCUGAAAGGUAUGAAGCCCGAAAAGUCGUCCGAAGACCAGACGGGACUACCGGCAACGGACCAGCCAAAAGCAGCAGCAAGCAGUCCGAAGUCAUCCUCCGGAGCGUCCAGACCACGGUCACUAGCGUCGCCGGAUGGUGGUGUGAUGGGGAAGAUUCGUUUCGAUAGUCCACUGAUGAACAAUGCCUCACACGUGCAGGCUACGUACGAUACACCGAAGAAGAGCAACCACGUGCUCCGAUCGCCCGAAUCGAUCUCCAGCUCCCCAGCACAGUCAUCGCACGGUGGCAGUGGUAGCGUGCGCGUCAGCAGCAGCAGCCUAGCAUCGUCGGAAGGUGGUGGUGCUGCUGCUGCUGGGUCGGAAAAUGCACGGGCACGCUUCGAACGGAAUGCACCCGCUAGCCAAAGUCUGUACAGCCGUAUCGUACCGAAGCGAAAUCGGGGCAUCAACAAUGAUGAGUCCGUAAAGCCGCCCUCGCCAGGGCCACUGGCGCGCACCAGCAAAAACAAAAGUGAAUCCAAUCUGUACGAAUCAAUAUUUUACGUUGGUCCACCGAAACCCACCGAUACGACUGAUGGACUGUACGGGAAGCUAAACAUUAUAUCCCGGCCAACGAUUUCUUCCAGCUCGAGCAGCAGCUUACUGUCGAUUGGUGGUGGUGGUGGUGGCUCCGAAGAGGACAACACAACCGUACACGAAAGUAUUCGGAUACGCGAAAAAACUGCUGCUGCUGUUGCUGACACAGCUCCAUCGCGGCACCGUAUAUUUUCGCGCCGUCUUUCAAUCGGUGAGGAACCCCGGCAGCAAAAUUUACGUUCAGAAUCGUGGAAUUUUUACGAUGUCAGCACCAACACUGAUGGAGGUUCAGGGGUUGUGGGAGAUGAAGAGGAGGUACAGGAGGAGGAAGGGGAGGAGGAGGAGAUUAGCCUUUCGCACAUAAGUACACCGGAACCGGUGUACGAGAAUAGUGUCGAACCGUAUCGGGCAAUGUUGCCAAUAGCUGAUCAGCUUGCGAUGCUGCGUCCGGUACCGAUCGGCGAGGACGAAAGCAUCCACCGGCUGCGGCACGAUUACGACGAGGUUUCGAUUGCGGAUAUUAUAGACGAGUUUGAUCCGUUGGCUGGUGGUAGCAUCAGUGAGCAGCGAACGUGCGGCAAUUUGGCACUGAUCGAAAAUCUGCUUGGCGAGGAAUCGUACAGCCGCAUGCCGACGAAGCGUGUCUCAAUGGCGGAUCGUUGCCCGAAACCACCGCAACGGUCCGAUUCGUUGUUUGUGUCCGGGACUUCGUCUUCCGCGGGAGUAUCAGCAGCAGCAGCAGCAGCAGCACCGGUGCGUGCCGUUCCUGCUAAACCGGCGCGUCGAAAAAGCAGAACGAGUACUGCGGAACAGCCGGUGGUGAGUCAAAUUAUACAUCAAAAUCUUAACCUUCCUACCGGCAGUGUGGAUAAUCUGGUGGAGCUCGAGGAACGAUUUAUUGAACCUCAUCUUGCGUCAGUAGCUACUGCCGGCGAUGAGAUGCAUGAGGGUGGUGGCCCAGUUGAUUUGAGCUAUCCACGUGAACCACAAACGAGCUGGUACGUGGUUGAUGAGGAACAACCGCACGCACAAGGCCAGAUUGCUAACAAUACCGAGCGGUACCGGAAACGCGUCACUGUUGAUCCCGUCAAUGAGACUGCCGAUGCCGAUCCGAUUGCGAAAGUUUCAAAAAAACCGUUUCUGGCACAAGACGAAGGUGGAGAGCAAUCAAUGGCGGCGGUCGACGAUCCCAGAACGUCCUAUUUGCCCACCUAUUUUGAAGCGAUCGGUGGCACCGAUCCUCUCUUCGAGCGUGGUCUUGCCGGAUCUGCUGCUGCUGCGUCCACCAGCAAGUCACCGAGCGUUGCCACCAAGCUGCUAAACGCACUAAAACGGAAGCCUAGCUUCAACAAAGCUAGCACCGGUGAACAAUCCUCCUCCAACGUGCUAACGACGCUCGAGAUGGUCCCGAAACCGAAGCUAACCGAGCGACUCAUCUCACACAAAGGGCACGUGCUGAAGUUUCCCUCCGGCAAGAUCGGUGACGUACUGAACGAACUUUCCCCCCGGUCGGUAGUGUUGCGCGAGCGCAUUUUCCAAACCUAUCUCGAUCCACAGCAAACCCUGCCGAAGGAAGCGCUCCACCUUCGGCACAUCCUCUCGGUACAGAGCAUCCUGCAGCACAAGUUUGCCGGCGAAGGACGGCUCGAUCUGCACUGUUUCGAGGUGGUUCUCGGUGUGCCGAAGGGUGUCAGUUCGUCGGCGGCAGGUUUGGCUGGCAGUGGUACAUCUGCGCUGGCCGCCGCAUCCAUGUCCACCAAUCCGGAGCUACUGAUAACGAGCGGUACGUCGGCAAACGUGAAGCUGGUGCGCCAGUCGUACAUGUUCGGUACGCACAAACGGUCCGAUCGCAACCUUUGGAUGGCUAAAAUUCUACAAUCGGUCACGGAUGUGUUCGGUGGGGAGUGUGAUUUGUUGCGCGAGUUUUUACGGGCCGGUUGGUGUUACGCGAAGAAAUCGGUUUCGGCGGCAUGGUCCGGUGCUUGGUUGCUGCUAGCGAAACGUAAGCUGUAUCUGUACAGCUUUCCGGACGAUCGGCUGGAAGAGCUCGACCUUCGAAAGGCUCGCUGCAUCGGGGUGGUUGAAAAUGAGCCGAGCACGAUCGGCAAUCUGUACGUCGAGUCUGGGCCGAGUCUGUUCAUUGACUGUCCACCGUACACGACACUUUACUUCGUGAUGGGAUCACCACGUGAAACACAAAUCUGGCAUAAAGUGAUCCGUCAGGUGGCACACAAAAAUGGACCGACCCUGCACAGUCAGCAGCUAACGCGCGGUGACGUACCCGUGCUAAUAGACAAGUGUAUCAACUUCAUUUACGCGCAUGGCUCAAUGUCGGAGGGUAUCUACCGGAAGUCCGGCUCCCAGUCAGCGGUAGUGCGCAUCCUGCAGCUUUUCAACGAGGACGCGUUCAACGUUCAGUUGACGCGCAACGAGUACAAUGAGUACGAUGUGGCAGGGGCGUUGAAAAAGUUCAUCCGCGAACUACCGGGCUCAUUUUUCGGUAGUUACGCGGCAUCGUUUGUUGCGAUCGGUACGCUUAGCGGUGGUGCGCAAGAUGGACACCAGUUGAAGCUAGACUCGUACCGGCAGUUGCUGGAGCGGUUGCCCCGUAUCGAGUACUGUACGUUGAAAAAGUUGCUCGGCCAUCUCGCCUUCAUAGCAUCGCUCGAGCAGCACAAUCGUAUGGGUGUGCCGAACCUUGCCAUGAUCUGGGGCUCGGUGUUGCUUGCGAACGCGAGCCAAAAUACGGUGCAGGAGCGUGGCGGUGGGUAUCAUCAGCAGGAUGCGGACGUGGUUGCGGAUUUGAUCCGCCUGUACAGCAGCCUGUUUCCAGUCGGAGCAGAUGAGCUGUAUCGGGAGCAACUGAUGCUGUCGGUGCUAAAGAAGUAUCAUGCGGCGGCAGAAAAUCUCUCUGACACCGUCAAACAUUCGGGUGAUUUGAAAGUAUGGAUUACGAUCGAUUGCGAUAAUGCGCCGGAAGAGGAAGGGCUGCGCAGUGGUGCUGCUGGGAAGAAGAAUAGUGUUGGAAAGGAGGACAAAGCGCAAGUGAAUGUGGACGUAAAUCCUACGAAGACUGCCGCCGAUAUAUGCAAGGAGCUGGCAUCAAAAACCAAACAUCCAUGGUACAAGCUUACACUGUACGAGGUGAUCGCAAACGAUACGCUCGUCCGCCCGAUACACUACAGCGAGAAAGUUCUCGAGAUUGUCGUUCGGUGGACGUACUGGGACGAGGCGGAUCGAAAAAAUAACUAUCUAACGCUCAAACCGACGACCACGCUUAACGAUGUGUACCGAACCAUCCAGAAGGCACCGGUCCUGACGCCUACGAUGGAGCUAAAGUUUGCCGAACGGAGGACGAAAGCCCUGCGCAACUAUCAGCUUCAGCUGAUCGGCCGUGGCCUGGUGGUGUUGAAAAAGAUGGAAAAGAAGGAUAAAGGGUACGAGGAGGUGAUGAAGAUUGAUCUCACCCAAAUGACGGCGUACAUUGGGUGCGAGCCAAAGCGUGACCGGUCCAGCUUACGGUGGGCAAUCACGCUGGUGGAUCAUAGUUUCAAGAAAAGAACUCGGGACUCUCCGUUCAUUGGCCAUGUGUUUGGAGGGUUCGAUUUCGCUAGCCAAAUACUGUGGUAUUCGAGUAUUCUCUACAGUCAGUAUAAGGACGACAUUUUGCCUAGUGGAGAUUUAUUUUUUUAAGUGUGUAAUCUUUUACAAC